AUGUCCAAGGGAAAGGGAAAGGGAACUGGAGAUGAAGAAGGACCUAAUGACGGCGACUACCAUCCUUACAGUGGGCAUUUGGAACAAAUAGCGAAGGGCGCUGCAGCUAUCAUCAGCUUUGAUGAUUUACCUGCCCCACGAAUUCCAGAACCACCACGCACAUACGAUGGACACCACCAAAGCGACAAUAUAGCUCAGAAUUGGAUAAUUGUACGAGACAAAAUUGGAGGCGUGUAUUACUGGACGACAAUUGAUUUUGGGGGAAAACCACGGUAUUCUCUUGAAGUUACUCGCGAAGAACGGGACCAGCAGCAAGCGUGGCAAUUGACGCAGCCCCCAGAAGCCGGAGCCGAACAGUGGCCAAUAGCUGAGGACCGCGUCUCAGCUAUCGAUCCCAGUAUCGCAACUCAUUCAGCCAAAGACCCUACCUUCAUUCAAUGGUCAAAGGAGACUCGAGAAAGACUAUUUCCUCCUAAGCACGAGCACUAUUGCGACCCUACAAGAGAUGUUCAGGAAUGCAAUCAUGUCUGUGACGAGCAACAAGGAGCCGUCAAACCCGAAACCGCUGGCAUGUCAAUCUAUGAUAAUCGCUCAGGUGGUCAGAGUAAUACUCGCAGAGAUGGUGGCCAUCGUUUGGGUGGCAGCGAUCAGCAAUCCGGCAGCAGCAGUCAGCAAUGGGAUGGUGGGAGUUCCCAGAGUGGUGGCGGUCAUCAUCACUUUGAAGGUUAA